ACCAAUCACAGGGCAGCCCUUACCUAUAUAUAAGUGGGUCAGCUCGGAGCUCGCUUAUUCGCGAGUCCGCGGCGUCCUCUAGUGACUUCUCGCUGUCGCUGCUGUACCGUCCCUUCGCUGCCAUGUCCGAGACGGCACCCGCCGCUCCCGCUGCCCCGGCCCCUGCGGAGAAGACCCCGGCCAAGAAAAAGGGCAAGAGGGCUUCGGCCGCCGGGGGAGCGCGGCGCAAGGCCGCGGGGCCGCCGGUGUCGGAGCUGAUCACGAAAGCCGUGAGCGCCUCCAAGGAGCGCAAUGGCGUGUCCCUGGCCGCCCUGAAGAAGGCGCUGGCGGCCGCCGGCUACGACGUGGACAAGAACAACAGCCGCAUCAAGCUGGGGCUCAAGAGCCUGGUGAGCAAGGGCACCCUGGUGCAGACUAAGGGCACUGGCGCCUCUGGAUCCUUCAAGCUGAACAAGAAGGCCCCGGCGGCCGACACGAAGGCUAAGGCCAAGAAGCCGGCCUCGGCCAAGACCAAGAAGGCUGCGGGCGCUGCCAAGAAGCCCAAGAAGGCGACGGGGGCCGCGGGCGCCAAGAAGAGCGUGAAGAAGAGCCCGAAGAAAGCCAAGAAGCCGGCGGCCGCCAAGAAAGCGGCCAAGAGCCCGAAGAAGGCCAAGGCGGCCAAGCCCAAGAAGGUGGCCAAGAGCCCCGCUAAGGCCAAGGCGGCCAAGCCCAAGAAGGUGGCCAAGCCCAAGACAGCUAAGCCCAAAGCCGCCAAAAGCAAGAAGGCGGCAGCCAAGAAGUAGAGCUAGCCCUCGAAACUUGUCACACCCAAAGGCUCUUUUCAGAGCCACCCACUCCCCUCAGAAAAAGAGCUGAGCCCUCCGAAAUGCAGGUCCUCAGACGAAUUAGUUACAAGUUACAAUCACCAUCCAGAUUGUACCUCUAAUUUUAAAAAAUGAAAUGAAUAAACCUAAAAUAAUGAAAUAUCAA